UUAAUCCCCAAUUCUAACGUCAGUAUCAUUCCAACCGCAUUCUAAGCCACGCACACGCGUCCUUUUAUCCGAUAGAAAAAUCCAAGGAUAACCGCGAGCCGAAUCGAAGAGCAGAUUUUCAGUGCGAGGACAUCCGUUCUGUGACCUUUAUAUAUAACAACAACCUUCGGUACGAGUGAUACGGUUCACGUACCUGAAAUUUUUGUUAACGUUUUUUUUUUUUUUUCCCUGUUCAUUGUGCUCCGCUGACGAACGAUCGUCCGAAUCGAUCAUUCGGGCAGCACUUGGGAGAGUGAAAAAAAUCCUGUCUCGAUUAUUCCAAUUUUUCGAACGCGAGUGCCUCGAUACAAGAAAAUAUGUUGGGAGGCUACGAGGCGCAGGCAGAGUAUUACCCCCAAUGGCAUCAACCCUACAAUUACAUGACCCAGUUACCUUACGGUCCGGUGGGUAUAGCGGAUCCUGUCGAAGUUCAUUCGACUUACUGGGCGGCGGCAGAUUCCGGGAUAUCCGGUGGUAGUUCCGGAGCCGGUAGUCCGGCGGCAUCCACGCCCCCGUUGAUCGAAGAAAUCGGUGUCCAGGAGUCAUCGGAACACUAUUCACCGUCAUCGCAUUCCUCCGCCCACUAUUCGACGAACCAUCAUCAGUACAACGCCCACCAAAUGCAAAAUUCUAUGUCCGGACAUCAGUCUUACCCCGCAGGACUUUUGUACACCCCGUCGCAACCGGAAGCGAUCCGGCAACACGAUUUUUCCAACGCUCAAGGUGUCCUUCAAUCGUCCGACGCGUUGCACCAGCAUCUCCACGACGUUAGGGAAGGGUUGGUCGUCAGACCGAAGAGAAGAAACACCGCCAACAAAAAGGAGAGAAGACGAACGCAGAGCAUAAAUAACGCGUUCGCGGAUCUGAGGGAUUGCAUACCGAACGUUCCAGCGGACACGAAACUUUCCAAGAUCAAAACCCUGAGGCUCGCGGCUUCCUACAUCGGGUAUCUCAUGGCGGUUCUCGACAGCGACGAAGGUGAAGAGCCGCAGACUUUUAGGGCAGAAAUUUUAUCCAGCGGACGUCGCAGCAAAGCGUCUCAACAAAAUACGAUCGAAACUCCCGUUCAGAGCACUUCGUCGAUGCAGGAGGAAGGUUCGAAAGGAAAAGGUCGGACUGGAUGGCCGCAGCACAUGUGGGCGUUAGAAUUGAAACAAGAACCUCAAACGCAAAUGCAGUAAACAAAAAUAAAAAUAAAAAUAAUAAAAAUAAAAAUCAAAUCCCGAGGGAGGUUCACUGCGUCUAGAUGGAAAGUCACGUCGUAUAUACGGGGGUCGCGGUAUCGAAAAAAUUGAGAUGGAUAAGAAUCUAUAUAAUUCUGUACUUGUAAAUAUAAUUCCGAAUACGUGUAUGAUAUGGAUAAAUAUUGUAACCGAUGCAUAAUAAUGUACAUAGGAAAUUUGUGUUAUAAUUUAACAGAGAGAAAAAAAAAAAAAAAAACCAACGAAAAAACAUAUUUUUACCUACCAAAGAGUAUUACAUACCUAUACUAUUGUUUCAUGACCAUGAUAUGUAUUACGUGUAAAUUAAGAGAUUAAUACGCGGGUAUGUAUAAUUCUCGUCACGCAUAUUCCGCCAUAUUUGUAUAAUUUUGUAUAGUAAUAAUAACAACCGUAUAGUUAUACUAUUACGCAGAAUAAAAUUAUAUUAUAGUAAUUUA